UGCAUUUGAUAUGAAAAUUAAAAAAGUUUGUGUUUCUGCACCAAGUAAGAUUAUAUUACAUGGUGAGCAUGCUGCUGUUUAUGGAAAGCUUGUUUUAGCUUGUAGUUUAAACAAAUAUACUUAUAUUAAAAUAGUUAGAAACAAUGAAGAUAUUAUAAAUUUGCAAUUUAAGAAAUUAGGCUUCUCCUAUGCAUUUAGCUUAGAGAAACUGUCUAAACAAAAUUUUACAUAUGAUGAUGAAUCUUUUAACUAUGAAUUUGAUAAAAAAAAAUUUCAACUAUUUAAUGGCAAUAAUUCCCAAAAUAUUAAAGAAUUUCCACCAUUAAUAAUGUUGUCUAUUAGAGCAUUUGUAUAUUUAUAUUAUUUUAUUGUUAUAAAAAGUGAUACAAAUUUUCAAUGUGAAAAUCAGAGAAACACAAGUGGCUUUAUUGUUUCAAUUGAAUCCCAAAUUCCAAUAGGAAUGGGCUUAGGCUCCUCUGCAUCAUAUUGUGUGUCUUUAGCAACUUCAUUUCUGAUGGUUAUUGGCAAGAUUCCUUAUAAAUCAAAUGAUUUUAAUAAAACUCAUCUAGAAUUAAUAAACAAAUGGUCUUUCCUUGCUGAAACCAUAAUUCAUGGCAAACCUUCUGGCAUUGAUAAUUCUGUCUGCACUUAUGGAGGUAUUGUUUCGUUAAAUAACGGGAGUUUGAAAAAAUUAAAAUUUUCAGACAUUCUGUUACAGGAUAAACUCAAAGUUAUAUGCAUCGACUCUAAAGUUAACAGGAGUACAAAAGACCAAAUCAAAAUUGUCAGCCAAUUGAAAUCCAAAUUUCCUUUGGUGGUAGAACCGUUGUUGGAUGCCAUCGAACAAAUUGGAAAGGAAUUUAUUAAUACGCUAUCGUUAAUUGAUGCUGAAGAUGACAUUGAAAAUCGCCAAUUACUUGAGAUUCCGACGUCUAACUUUGAUUUUGACAACUUAUCGAGUUUGAUGAACGUAAACCACGAUAUAUUGAAUGCCUUGGGAGUUGGGCAUCCAGAAUUGGAGAAAAUACGGGAUCUUGUUAUCAAUUUUAGUUCGAAUUAUGUUUUUAACAAUCAGAAACUUAGUAGAUAUAUUCUAAAACCAAAAAUGACAGGUGCAGGUGGAGGGGGAUACGUUAUAGCUUUAUUACCUAUCUUAACUGAUGCCACUGAAGACUUAGAAUAUGAGGGGAUGCUACUUGAAUUACAGAAAGAAUUGAAAAAUUUGGGUUAUGAAUCUUUUAUCACUGGGAUAUGUGGAACUGGUGUUAAAUCGUAUAUAGACGAAGAAUAAUUUUUUUUUACUAUUAUGUAAUUUAUAAAAAUUCUCAAAUCAUGUGUUUUUAAUUUUAUCAUCUUUUUAAAUAUUUUU